AUGAGUGUCCCAGAACUGCCUGGGAAGAGUUGCCACUCCCUCUCCAGGGUCUUGGCAGGGGGCUUGUGGGCUAAAUGGAGCCCAGGGUGGGACCCUGCAGGGCAGAGCUGCAGGGAACAGCUAACGGGCUCCCACGGGUGUCGCACUGCAGACACCAACUGCCCACAGGGAGCACCCGAGGCGGGCCCCCAGUUGGCCCAGCUCGAGUCCCUUGGUGGUUGCAAGAGGACCAGGGCUGGGACCCCGGAAAGAGGAGAAUCUGGAACGGUGGGCGAGAGAGCCGGGGCUGGCAGGGAGGUGCGGGCGCCCGAGAGCGUCUCUGAGGGGGAGCAAGGGGUCCUGAGGCCGGGAGUCGGGCCAACCGGGGACACCUAUAACCCGGGACUUGGCGACUCCCCCAACGCUCGGGCCACGACCCCCACGCGCAACAAGCGCGGCCAGCAGCUCCGCCCACUUCCGGGCACCAUCGCGCGGGCACGUGAUGGUGCCGGGCCAAUCGCAGCUCUCUCCCUGGUGAUUGGCCCAGAGAGGGCACGUGACCCAGCUAGCCCGGAAGUUCUCUCGGGUCUGGGCCGCAUCCGGCCUCGGGACUUCCUGGUGACCGGAUUCUGCUUUGAUGGGGCCCCAAGAUGAAGUGACAGGGCGCAGGCAGCAAAGUGUCACCUGCAAGCUGUUAGAAUUUACCAGAAAGCAUCGAGGUGAGUAGAGCAAAAUAAGAACAUACAAGUCAAUACAUUCCUAUAUUCUAUCAACAGAAAAUAUAGCACAAAAUAUCAUAUUCAUCUAACAAUGACAUUAUCUAAGAAUAAGUUUAGGAGGAAAACUGCAGGUCCUUCCAGAAGAUUCUAAGGAACAUAAAAUGUAGGAACUUAUUUUCCUUUGAAUUAAUAUAUAAAUUUUAAGUAAUUUUAAAUAAAAAUAUUGGGAUUUUUGUGUUUUGGAUGGCUGAGGAACAUGACAAAAACAACUGUAAAAUUUAUCUGUAAAAAUAAAUGUAGAAUUGUCACAUUUUUUAAAAAUAGCAAUAAAAGGUACUUGAUCUGCCAGAAACAGAAAUGUGUCCUAAGGUCAGGUCAGGAUUAAACUGAGUGGCGCUGAGUCAGGGACAGGCAGAACACAGCGGUGCUCACUCACUCACCAGGGCUGCGUCUCUCUGCAGCUCUCACAGAGAGGCUCCUCCUACCUCCCUCCUAACCAGCACCAAGACCCUGUUCCUGGGCCCCAGACUGAGGAAUGAUCCGGCCCAUCCUGGGAGAGUGGCACAUUUUCCAAAGGGCGGCUCCCAGAAUGGACCCACAGGCAGAGAAGUUUACCAGCUUUUGCCGUGAGUUCUAAUCAUUAAACAAGAACCUU